AUGGCUAACAACUCAUACAGUGGGGUGAAGAACUCCGUGGCAGAGCCCAAUCAUGAGGGAGACUUCGGCUGCUCGCUCAAAGAGCUGCGCUCUCUCAUGGAACUGCGGGGGGCUGAGGGAAUACACAAAAUCCAGGAAUGUUACGGGGAUGUUAACGGAAUCUGCAGCCGAUUAAAAUCAUCACCUAUAGAUGGUUUAAGUGGAAAUCCUGCAGACAUCGACAAAAGAAAAUUAACGUUUGGACAGAACUUUAUACCUCCGAAAAAGCCAAAAACAUUUCUUCAAUUAGUAUGGGAAGCUUUACAAGAUGUAACGUUAAUUAUCCUAGAAGUAGCAGCCAUCGUUUCGUUAGGACUUUCUUUUUAUAGACCUCCGGAUUCAAGUAGUAAAAACUGCGGGGAGGGAACAGGAGGAGUGGAAGAUGAAGGCGAGGCGGAGGCAGGAUGGAUAGAGGGAGCAGCUAUCCUCCUGUCCGUUAUCUGUGUGGUGCUAGUGACUGCCUUUAACGACUGGAGUAAAGAGAAGCAGUUCCGUGGCUUACAGAGCCGCAUUGAACAAGAGCAGAAGUUUACAGUGGUCCGCGGUGGGCAAGUCAUUCAGAUCCCCGUGGCUGAGAUUGUAGUUGGAGAUAUUGCACAAAUCAAAUACGGUGACCUCUUACCUGCUGAUGGAAUUCUCAUCCAAGGGAACGAUCUCAAAAUUGAUGAGAGCUCUCUCACGGGCGAGUCCGACCAUGUGAAGAAAACACAGGAGAAGGAUCCUAUGCUGUUGUCAGGUACCCAUGUCAUGGAGGGCUCUGGAAAAAUGCUGGUCACUGCUGUCGGAGUCAACUCCCAAACUGGAAUCAUCUUCACCUUGCUAGGGGCUGGCGGGGAAGAUGACGAAGACGAGGAAAAGGAGGAAAAGAAGAAAGAAAAAGAACGGAAGAAGGAGAAGAAAAACAAAAAGCAAGACGGCUCUGCAGAGAACAGAAAGAAAGCUAAAGCCCAGGACGGAGCUGCGAUGGAAAUGCAGCCGCUGAACAGUGAUGAAGGGGCAGAUGCAGAGGAGAAGCGGAAAGCCAACUUGCCAAAGAAGGAGAAAUCCGUUCUUCAGGGGAAGCUGACCAGACUAGCCGUCCAAAUCGGCAAAGCAGGUCUGGUGAUGUCUGCCAUCACCGUCAUAAUCCUGGUGGUGCUGUUUAUAGUGAACACCUUCUGGGUGCAAGGCCUUCCCUGGGAGAAAGACUGCACACCCAUCUACAUCCAGUUUUUUGUGAAGUUCUUCAUCAUCGGUGUGACCGUGCUGGUGGUGGCUGUCCCUGAGGGUCUGCCUCUUGCUGUUACCAUCUCGCUGGCUUACUCUGUCAAAAAAAUGAUGAAAGACAACAAUUUGGUGAGGCAUUUAGAUGCCUGUGAGACCAUGGGCAAUGCAACUGCCAUCUGUUCGGAUAAGACAGGCACUCUGACCAUGAACAGGAUGACUGUCGUGCAAGCGUACAUCGCAGACAAGCACCACAGGAGGGUCCCUGAGCCGGAGGUCAUCCCUGCCAGCAUCAUGGAUCUGCUCGUUCUGGGCAUCAGUGUCAACUGUGCUUACACAACCAAGAUCAUGCCCCCUGAGAAGGAGGGCGGGCUGCCUCGUCAGGUGGGCAACAAAACAGAAUGUGCCUUGCUUGGCUUAGUGUUGGACCUGAAAAAGGACUAUCAAGCAAUCCGCAACGAGAUCCCUGAGGAGAAGCUCUACAAGGUUUACACCUUCAACUCUGUCAGGAAAUCCAUGAGCACCGUGCUGAAGAAUGCUGAUGGAAGCUUCCGCAUGUUCAGCAAAGGAGCCUCGGAAAUUCUACUCAAAAAAUGUUAUAAGAUCCUAACAGCGACUGGUGAGGCCAAGGUGUUCCGGCCCAGAGACCGGGAUGACAUGGUGAAGAAGGUGAUCGAGCCAAUGGCCUCUGAAGGCCUGAGAACAAUAUGCUUGGCUUACAGGGACUUCCCUGCUACAGACGGAGAACCAGACUGGGAAAAUGAGAGCGACAUUCUUACCAGCCUCACCUGUGUGUGUGUGGUGGGCAUUGAGGACCCGGUCAGACCAGAAGUCCCUGAUGCCAUUAGAAAGUGCCAGCGUGCCGGCAUCACGGUACGCAUGGUCACCGGGGAUAACAUCAAUACGGCUCGCGCCAUAGCAACCAAGUGCGGCAUCCUGCAGCCUGGAGAUGAUUUCAUCUGCCUGGAGGGAAAGGAAUUCAAUCGGCGGAUACGCAACGAGAAGGGAGAGAUCGAGCAAGAGCGGAUUGAUAAGAUAUGGCCUAAACUACGGGUCCUAGCAAGGUCUUCACCGACAGACAAGCACACAUUAGUUAAAGGUAUCAUCGACAGCACUGUCGAAGAACAGAGACAAGUAGUAGCAGUAACAGGAGACGGAACCAACGAUGGCCCAGCCUUGAAGAAGGCAGAUGUUGGAUUUGCCAUGGGCAUCGCUGGCACAGAUGUGGCGAAGGAGGCCUCUGACAUCAUUCUCACUGACGACAAUUUCAGCAGCAUUGUCAAAGCAGUCAUGUGGGGGCGCAACGUCUAUGAUAGCAUCUCCAAAUUUCUGCAGUUCCAGCUCACGGUCAAUAUAGUGGCUGUGAUUGUGGCCUUCACCGGAGCCUGCAUUACACAGGACUCUCCUCUGAAAGCAGUACAGAUGUUGUGGGUAAAUCUGAUCAUGGACACCUUUGCCUCGCUGGCUCUGGCCACCGAGCCGCCCACAGAGUCUUUGCUGCUGAGAAAACCGUACGGACGCAAUAAGCCCCUCAUCUCCAGAACCAUGAUGAAGAACAUCCUGGGCCACGGUGUCUACCAGCUUACCAUCAUCUUCACUCUGUUGUUUGCAGGUGAGAAGAUAUUUGAUAUAGACAGCGGUCGUAAUGCCCCGCUCCAUGCCCCCCCCUCCGAACACUACACCAUUGUCUUCAACACCUUCGUCAUGAUGCAGCUCUUUAAUGAAAUCAAUGCCCGUAAGAUCCAUGGGGAGAGGAACGUCUUUGAUGGCAUUUUCAACAAUAUGAUCUUCUGCUCCAUCGUAUUUGGCACUUUUGUCAUCCAGAUUGUGAUCGUCCAGUUUGGAGGAAAGCCCUUCAGCUGUGUAGGCCUUUCCAUUGACCAGUGGCUGUGGUGCAUCUUCUUAGGCUUUGGCAGUCUCCUCUGGGGUCAGGUCAUCUCCUCCAUCCCUACCAGUCGCUUGAAGUUCCUUAAGACAGCAGGUCAUGGAACUCAGAAGGAGGAGAUCCCAGAGGAGGAGCUGGAGGACAUGGAGGACCUUGAUGAGAUCGACCACGCUGAGCGUGAACUGCGCAGAGGGCAGAUCCUCUGGUUCCGGGGUCUUAACCGGAUACAGACUCAGAUGGAUGUAGUGAGUGCAUUCCAGAGCGGCACUUCCUUUCAGGGGGCCCUCAGGCGUCACCCCUCCAGCGCCAGCCAACAGCACGAUAUCCGAGUGGUGAAUGCAUUCCGCAGCUCCCUGUCCCCCUAUGAGGGGCUGGAGAAGCCCGAGUCACGCACCUCCAUCCACAACUUCAUGACCCAUCCGGAGUUCCGGAUAGAGGACUCGGAGCCCCACAUCCCUCUCAUCGACGACACCGACGUGGAGGACGACGCCCCGACGAAGAGAAACGCCACGCCGACGCCUCCUCCUCCCCCCUCGCCCAAUCAGAACAAUAACGCCGUGGACAGCGGCAUCCACCUCUUCGUAGACAGCAGCAAGCCAGCUUCUCCCUCGGCCCCCGCGAGCCCCAUGCACAGCCUGGAGACGUCCCUCUGAUCGGCUCCGCCCUUCCACACUCUGCACCACGCCCACCUCUUGUUUCGCGGAGAUUCGUGCUCAGCGGACUCAUGGCUGUGAGGGGGCGGAGCUGAGCGUAAUCUGUGAGCGCACCUUGCGCUUAACUGAGACGAGAGCAAGCGUUCAUCAGAAUGUAGGGUUGGCUGUAAUAUUGUCAUUAUUAUUUCAUUUUUUCCACCUUUAUUUGAAUCUGGAUGUCCCCUCGGAGGCGGGGGGGAGGCAGGGGGUGGGUCUCUCUUUCCACCUCUGCUUAUACAAAUCUUUCUCUCUCCCCUGGUGAAAGCGGAGGGGUUACAAAUUCAUAUUGAAAGUGACCUGUAUUUUUUAUGAUGACGUUGAUGUUAUUAUUUAAUUAUUAAUUAUUAAUAUUCUAAUGCCGAGGAGGCUUGCAGAUCAGCUGUAAGAAAUCGACGAAACACUUUUGCUUCUUUGUUUUUCUGAAUGGUGGUGUACAUUUUCUUUCUUUGGCCCUCGCUCAGUCAGUAACUUUAAUUUCUGCUCCAUUUGGCUGUUAAUAUUUUGAAUUAUUUAUGUUUUUUUUGGAAGAAGCAGGUCUGUUUACAAAGUUUGUAGAUACUUUUUUUUUUUUUCCUGUUUGUUGGUGACGGAGCUUCCUGAUGCAGAAAAAAAAGAGACUAAUGAAAACAAAUGAGAGUAAUAUUUCAGAUACUGCUGUAUUUUCAGGAAAAAAAGGGUGUUUCUAUCGAAACUGAACUAUUUUUGCCUGCAAGUUUUAUUUGUUAUAUAUUUGUGGAUACAUAGAUUCUUCUAGCCAAAUAAAUAACACUAAGGCUUGUAUAGCAACGAACAGAGGUGUCGGGGUCCAUUGGGGGCACUAGGAUUUAGAGGGGUGAGGACGGGGAUGCGGACUAGGACCUCAGACAGUACUUUUUCCUUAGGUAUUUACUACUGCUUUAACAGUCUCAAAGCUAGUUUUUCAUGUUUAUUGGAGCCGUGGUGCAUUCCCAGUUCAGAUCACGAUUGUUGGAGAACGUCAGUAAAACGGCUGGAACCAAAGGUUUCACGGUUCAUCAGCUCGAUUCGAGAUAGAAGCCAGAGACAAACCAUCAAUGUGAGAGUUCGUUCUUCUGUAGGAAGAUGUGAAGAAGAAAAAGGUCCACCGGUCAAAUCAGUCCCUGCCAAUUGACGACACCGCACCACAUUGACGUUUGUGAACUCGGGCUUGGAAAAACGGACGGAAAGGGAUGCAACGAAUGCAAACAUGAAACAUAUUAAUUUAGGAUUUUUUUGUCUUUAGGUAGUAAACCUCGUCUCGGUCAGAAAAAAAAAGAGUGGCUUUUCAAAUUUUAAGUUUUUUUGAGAACUUAAUAUUUUUUUUCCCCUUAACAUGCAUUUUCUGGUUUGUUGACAUUACAAAAAUGGAAAAAAAAAAAAACAACAAAAAAAAAAUAAAAAUAUUUUUUCUUCAUCUUAUUCCAUAAAUAUUCCAGUCAUGAAAAGAAAACUGCAUUUGAUUCGUUUGUAGAAUAUAUUUCACACCUGAAAUACUGGAAACACUAAAAAAAAAAUUUUAAAAAUAAAAAAAAAAUUACAAAAAUUUAAAAAAGGAUUUUUAAGGAAACCUUAGACAGCGAUCUCUGCACAGGGUACUUUAUUUCAACUCCCUUUGGAAAUUUUGAUACAGACCAUAUAAAUAAAGCUUAACUUUGUAUUUUUAUGGGGCAUAGAGGACAUCUUUCGACCUGCUGAACCAGACUUACGGGGAUUUUACACAAAGCGAAGUAACCGUCAGGGUGGGGUUGUGAUCGGUUCUGCUAGGAAUAUAUUACUCAGGGUGGCUAAUAGUAUGAAACAGGCUUUAAGGAAACACCUGCGGUCAAAUACUAACUUUUUUAUGUUUAGAUUAGCUUCUGUUCUCGGCAGCAGGGUCCUGGUUGAGGCCCUUGUUCUUCUCCUCCGUUUGUGUCUGUAAGGGAAAAGAGGAGAAGACACAGAGAAGAAAGGGAUGUGUUCUUAAGGCAGCGCACCCCAAACCUUUUUUUUUUUUUUGCAUAAUUUAUUUUGUUCCUUGUGUUUAUCGGAUUUAAAAAAGCAGCUUGAGUUUGCUCGUUAGGAAAGAGAUGUGGAAAGAAGAGAAUCCAUAAGUUUAUUCUGUAGCUUCUUCCUGUACCAGGGAUGAAUGUUUUUCCACCUGUUUUAUGGAUUUAUUAUUUUUUUAUCUUAACAUUUGGAAAUAAAUACUUCAUGUCUGUUUAUCUUGAGCAAUGUAAAUGGUUAUUGUGAUUCAAUUUACAUUUGAAACUUGUCAAGUAAUGUGUAUGGUUUUUAAGAAUAAAAAAGUUGAUAUUUAGCCUAA